GUUCCUUGGAUCUUUCCCUGAUCCACUUUGGGGUAUCCUGAGAGCACACUUUUAGUUCAGCACCUCCUCACAACCAACGCCGUCUAGAUCAUGUCUUCCAUAUAUGGACUUCUAAACUUCAUGUCAGCCACAGAGCUACUCCUGGCCAUCACUGUCUUCUGCCUGGGAUUCUGGGUGGUCAGAGCUUUAAGAACCCAGGUCCCCAAAGGCUUGAAGACUCCACCAGGGCCCUGGGGCUUGCCCAUUCUUGGGCAUGUGCUGACCCUGGGGAAGAACCCACACCUGUCGCUGACAAAGCUGAGUAAGCAGUAUGGGGAUGUACUGCAGAUCCGCAUUGGCUCCACACCUGUGGUGGUGCUGAGUGGCCUGGACACCAUCCGGCAGGCCCUGGUGCGGCAGGGAGAUGACUUCAAGGGCCGGCCAGACUUCUACAGUUUCACACUUAUCACUAAUGGCAAGAGCAUGACCUUCAACCCAGACUGUGGACCAGUGUGGGCUGCCCGGCGGCGCCUGGCCCAGGAUGCCCUGAAAAGUUUCUCUAUAGCCUUAGACCCAGCUUCUGCAUCUUCUUGCUACUUGGAGGAGUACGUGAUCAAGGAGGCUGAUUACCUAAUUAGCAAGUUCCAGAAACUGAUGGCAGAGGUUGGCCACUUUGACCCUGAUAGGUAUUUGGUAGUGUCAGUGACCAAUGUUAUCUGUGCCAUGUGCUUUGGCCAACGUUAUGACCAUGAUGACCAAGAGCUGCUUAGCAUAGUCAAUCUGAGCAAUGAGUUUGGGAAAGUUACCGGCUCUGGGUACCCACCUGACUUCAUCCCUAUCCUCCGCUACCUACCUAACUCUUCCCUGGAUGCCUUCAAGGACUUGAAUAAGAAGUUCUACAGCUUCAUGCAGAAGUCAGUCAAAGAGCACUACAGAACAUUUGAGAAGGGUCACAUCCGGGACAUCACAGACAGCCUCAUUGAGCACUGUCAGGACAAAAGUUUGGACGAGAAUGCCAAUGUCCAGUUGUCCGACGACAGGGUCAUUAAUAUCAUUGUUGACCUCUUUGGAGCUGGGUUUGACACAGUCACAACUGCUAUCUCUUGGAGUCUCAUGUACUUGGUGACAAACCCUGGGGUGCAGAGAAAGAUCCAGGAGGAGCUAGACACAGUGAUUGGCAGGAGUCGAAGGCCCCGGCUUUGUGACAGAUCUCAGCUGCCCUAUCUGGAGGCCUUCAUCCUGGAGACUUUCCGGCAUUCUUCCUUUCUCCCCUUCACCAUCCCCCACAGCACCACAAGAGAUACCAGUCUGUGUGGCUUCUAUAUCCCCAAGGGACAUUGUGUCUUUGUGAACCAGUGGCAGAUUAACCAUAACCAGGAACUGUGGGGUGACCCAAACAAGUUCCGGCCUGAAAGGUUUCUCACCUCCAGUGGCACUCUGGACAAGGUCCUGAGUGGGAAGGUCACUCUCUUUGGUUUGGGCAAGCGGAAGUGCAUUGGGGAGACCAUUGGCCGAUUGGAGGUCUUUCUCUUCCUGGCCAUCUUGCUGCAGCAAAUAGAAUUCACUGUGUCACCAGGGGAGAAGGUGGACAUGACUCCUAUCUAUGGGCUGACUUUAAAGCACGCCCGCUGCGAAUACUUCCAAGCGCAGACACGGUCCUCUGGGCCUCAGCAUCCACAAGCUUAGACUGCCCUGUGUGGUCACCAGAGCAGGGGGCUGUUCCAGGGAUUUAACUUCACUCAGAAACACAGACUCUGGGCUUGUGCUUGCCUCCUGAUUUGGUCUUGCUUCUCCGCAUGCUGAUCACAGACACUGGGCACAGCAGAGACCCACUGGAACAUCAGAGUCUUCCCAAGUUCACCAGCAACUAGGGGGCCUGAAAGGGAAAGGAGGUCCCUGGGCCUCAGAAAACUCCUGCAGAGCUCCCCAGGUGCUCCAGUGGCUGACUAGUUUGAAAAAUGCUUAGAGCAGGUCAUGCCAGGAUCUGUCAGGCUUAGAGGAGCUGUCCAGAAUAGAGGGAGAAGACAUCUUAAAAUACUGCCACAGGCCUGUCCACGUUUGCCAGGCAUUGGUGGUGCACACCUUUAAUUCCAGCACUGGGGAAGCAGACGCAGGCAGAUCUCUGUGAGUUCGAGGCCAGCCUGGUCUACAGAGCGAGUUCCAGAACAGCCUCCAAAACAAUACAGAGAAACCCUGUCUCCAAAAACCAAAAUAAACAUGCUGCCACAGAAGUGCUUCUGCCAUUUACUAGGGCUGGACAGCUUUCCCACAUGGGUCUAGGACGAUGUCUGUGGUGAUCACCUUUAUUUGUCCAGGGUACUCCUGUCCUUGCAAAAGCCCCCGUUCCUGCUCUGGAAGUGCUGUGUCUUGUGUCUAGGAAGAUCCAAGAACAGAGGGACAGACUUUCUGGGCAGUAGGACCAGGUCAAGAGUAAAGGGAUGACUCUUGAGACAAGAGUCUUGUGCAGCUCAGAUUGCCUCUGAGCCUGCUGUGUAUUGAUCGUGAAUUACUUACUUUUUUAAUGCUUUUACUGACAUACCAAGUGCUAGGAUACAGUCAUUGGUCUCUCUUCUUUACUGUAUAAAAUGUUCAUUUAAAAAAUGUUUGUACCAGCUGGGCGGUGGAGAUGCGCACCUUUAAUCCCAGCACUUGGGAGGCAGAGGCAGGCCGAUUUCUCUGAGUUCGAGACCAGCCUGGCCUACAAGAACUAGUUCUAGGACAGGCCUCCAAAGCCACAGAAAAACCCUGACUUGAAAACUCCCCCCCCCCACCGCAAAAAAUAAAUGUUUGUACCUAAGACCUUUUAUUUUGGCCCAUAUUUUGCUUAUGCAUUUGUAUUAGUCAUAUCUUAAGAGUUUAGAUCAAUGCAUUUACUAUUACAGAGAAAACCCUAACUCAAGUAUCCAGAAAUAUAUAGGAACUACCUACCUGAGCUAAAUAAAAUAUUACCUGGAAGUA